AUGCGAGUUUAUGGAUAUAAACAUGGCCGCAGACUUGAUAUGGUAACCAUCGCAGCCGAAAAAGAAUCCAAAGAAAUUGAAGAUUCUUUGGAAAACAACCAGACGAAAAAGAUGGGAAAAAAGAAGAAAAUAGUCAUUGUAGGUGCGAGAAUACAUCCCGGAGAAACUCCAUCUUCCUACGUCUGUCAAGGCAUGAUUCAGUUCCUGGUUAGUGAUCAUCCCGUUGCUAAGAUGCUCAGAGACCACGUGAUCUUCAAAUUCAUACCCAUGCUGAACCCAGAUGGAUCGUAUGUUGGAAACUAUAGGACCUGCAUCUUGGGACAAGAUUUAAACCGCUGUUGGACGGAAACGUCUGCGCAUGCGUAUCCAACACUAGCUGCAGUAAAAGCUGUCAUUGAAUCCCUAUCUUCAGAUAAGGACGUAGAUCUCGAUAUGUACCUCGAUUUGCACGCACACACAGGCUUGUUGGGGGCUUUUGUAUACGGCAAUAGCUAUACUGAUGUAUACCGCUUCCAGAGACAUACACUCUUUCCAAAACACCUCAGCUAUUGUGCCCAGGACUUUUCUUUGGAAAAUACAGCCUACAACAAGGACAGAAGCAAGUCUGGAACAUCGAGAAGAUUUCUAUCCUCUUUUCUCAACGAUAAAGUUAACUGUUAUACUCUGGAAGUCAGUUUCCAUGGAUACGAAGUACUGAAAGGAAAUUCCAGUACAGUCACCGUCUACAACGAAGAGGAAUACAUACGACUGGGUGAAAGUAUUUGCCACUCACUUCUGGAUUACUACGUGACUAUAAAGUAUAUUCCCGCAGAAGACAUUCCUGCCUGCCUACAUGACACUUUUAGCAGCAAAGGAGCCAAGAGCCGACUGCAGCACCUCAUCACCAAAUCGCCAAAGAAGACUACCAAGCAAACAACUGGCAAAGGGAAAGAACAACCCUCGAAAAAUGUCAAACCAAAAGUACCUUCCAAAAAUGUAAUGUAUCAAGGAAAGACCGAAGAAGUUAAGGCCUAA